CGGCCGCCCCCCGCCCACGGGCCGCCCCCCCGGGCCCGCCGUCCCCUCCCCCGCUGGCGGGGCCCGGACAGAAGAUGGUGCAGAAGAAAACAGCCGAACUUCAGGGCUUCCACCGUUCGUUCAAGGGGCAGAACCCUUUCGAGCUGGCCUUCUCCUUAGACCAGACCCCCCGCGGGGACACCGGGGAGACCGGCUUCAGCCUGGAGUGCCCCGCCCGCCCUGAUAUGCCCGCGAGCCAGCCCAUCGACAUCCCAGACGCCAAGAAGAGGGUCAAGAAGAAGAAGCGGUGCCGGGCCACUGACAGCUUCUCGGGCAGGUUCGAAGACGUCUACCAGCUGCAGGAGGAUGUGCUCGGGGAGGGCGCCCACGCCCGAGUGCAGACCUGUGUCAACCUCAUCACUAACCAGGAGUAUGCCGUCAAGAUCAUCGAGAAGCAGCCGGGCCACAUUCGGAGUAGGGUUUUCCGGGAGGUGGAGAUGCUGUAUCAGUGCCAGGGACACAGGAAUGUUCUAGAGCUGAUAGAGUUCUUUGAGGAGGAGGACCGCUUCUACUUGGUGUUUGAGAAGAUGCGGGGUGGCUCCAUCCUGAGCCACAUCCACAAGCGGCGGCACUUCAACGAGCUGGAGGCCAGCGUGGUCGUGCAGGACGUGGCCAGCGCCCUGGACUUCCUGCACAACAAAGGCAUCGCCCACAGGGACCUCAAGCCAGAAAACAUCCUCUGUGAGCACCCCAACCAGGUCUCCCCCGUGAAGAUCUGCGACUUCGACCUGGGCAGCGGCAUCAAGCUCAACGGGGACUGCUCGCCCAUCUCCACGCCGGAGCUGCUCACCCCGUGCGGCUCGGCGGAGUACAUGGCCCCCGAGGUGGUGGAGGCCUUCAGCGAGGAGGCCAGCAUCUACGACAAGCGCUGCGACCUUUGGAGCCUGGGCGUCAUCCUCUACAUCCUGCUCAGCGGCUACCCGCCCUUCGUGGGCCACUGCGGCAGCGACUGCGGCUGGGACCGCGGCGAGGCCUGCCCGGCCUGCCAGAACAUGCUGUUUGAGAGCAUCCAGGAGGGCAAGUAUGAGUUUCCCGAGAAGGACUGGGCCCACAUCUCCUUUGCUGCCAAAGACCUCAUCUCAAAGCUUCUCGUCCGCGACGCCAAGCAGAGGCUGAGCGCCGCACAAGUCCUGCAGCACCCAUGGGUGCAGGGGUGCGCUCCUGAGAACACGCUGCCCACACCCAUGGUCCUGCAGAGGAACAGCUGUGCCAAAGAGCUCACAUCGUUUGCGGCUGAGGCCAUCGCCAUGAACCGGCAGCUGGCCCAGCGCGAGGAGGACGCAGCCGAGGAGGCGGAGCAGGGCCCGCCCGUGGUCAUCCGAGCUACCUCACGCUGCCUGCGGCUGUCCCCGCCCUCUCAGAGCAAGCUGGCCCAGAGGCGGCAGCGAGCCAGCCUGUCUGCGGCCCCCGUGGUCCUGGUGGGAGACCACGCAUGACCCCCUCCCUCUCUCUGUACAUAGGUCACUCCCUCCCCUCCCCCUGCCCCCCACCUCGAUCAAAUCUAAAGAUUUUUUUAAGCUGUUGCCUGCUGGUACCCAGUAGGCUGCCCUCCCCUGGCUGGGCUCCCAGGCGCUAAGCUCAGCUGGGGGGGCUCUUUUUAUAUGAGGUUUUUGCUGUUGGGUUUUUCUUUUUUCUUCCCCACCCUCAUUGUCCCCCUUUAAAGGUGUUAAAAGCAAAGCAGGUGCCCGGGGAGGAGAGUGGAGGGUGUGUGUCGCGGGGCUUGCCCGUCCCGCCGCCCCAGCCCCAGAUGCUCACCUGUACUGUGAAAGGUCCCCCUGCCCGCCCCGCCCAGAUGUGACUCAGGAGAGGAGGGCGUUUGUCGUCUUCCAGAGCUGGGGGCCAGGAAUGCGCCCCCUCCCCAGCCCUCGCAGUAUUUUUCAGGGACGGGCCAACCCCCAUCUCCCCUCGGUGACACAGCAGCUCCUCAUCCCUCACCCCAAAGACACCCUGGUCGCCUGGUGGGGCAGGGGCUUCUCAGGUCUCCCUCGUGGCGGGGGGGUGGGGGGGUGGCCUGCAGCUGCCCGCUGGACUCCCCUCUCUGCCUGACAAUCGGGGCUCUCUCCAACCUUGAGCGUGGGACCUGGGGUGCAGGGGGUACACCUUCUGCUCCCGCCCUCUCCAAGGGGGACCCUGCCCACCCAGGAGGGUGGGGCCAGAGGAAGUGGGAGGGGCUGGACUUGCGCCCGUCAGCCAACGUCGGGGUCCCACAGGGCCCCCCGCUGGGCACCCAAGUGCCCCUUCUCAGGGCUCAGUCUGACGACCACGGACACGUCCCGCCCCUUGUGGUCACCCCUGGGGUCUGGUGUGGAAGCUCUGUUGGCACCGCCCCCCCCCCAGAGCCAGGGCCCACCCAGGGGUUCUGCUGAAGCCCCUCACCCCGAGGGCAGCGUCUCUGCCCACCUUCAGGAAAACCGCCGCAGCUGCCACGGCCUCCCUCCGGGCACCCAGGAAUCGCCUGCCCGCCUCCGCCAGGCUCGGGGACUCUGACGCCCCCUCGUCCUCGGGUGGGAAACACUAUGCAAUACGGGCCCCCCUGCUCGGCGCACUGGCUUCUGCCGGCCGGAGGGGGAGGGGGGGGCCCGCCAGGGCAGCGUGCCUGGGGUCAGGCCAGGGCCUGGAAAGCCCUCUGGCUUCUAGUUGUUCGUCCUGUUUUGUUAAUUUUUUAAAGACAUCAGUUGACUUCCCUUCCCUGUUCUUGAAUACUUGAAUGUUGGGGGGCCUCGUGGGUCGGGGGGCCCAGACGCCGUUUCUGCGGCAGUCUCGCGGAUGGUGGGGACUGGAACCCCCGCCUGUCCCCCCCGCCCGCCUGGAUCUGUGGACUGGCCUUUCCAAAGACCCCGGGGGGUGGGGAGGCCGCCCCCACCCCCUGCUUCUUGCCCAUCGGUGAUUCUUCUAUGUUUUGCAACUGGGGCUUCUGCCUUUUUGUAAAAAAGAAACCAAUGGACCCCCGCCCGCCCCGGGCGCCUUGGCCGUUCUAUUCUGGAAAGCAGAGCUGUGAGGAGCUUUUUUUUUUCCCAAAGGUGGGACAGCCACUGCCUCCCCCGUCACGCGGGCAGUGUGACCCCGUGUGACCCGGAGGACUGUCAGAACCGUUACUGUGAAUGAGCGCCCGGCUCCCAGGCUGCCCGGCGCCGGGGGAGGGGAACGGCCACGUUUCAACGUUGAGAAAUGUAAAAAAGACAAAAAAAAAAAAAAGUUUUUUAAAAGUGGGGGGAGAACACCCGAGCACUUUAACUACCGUACCAGGUGAAUCGAUACAGCUCAUUUCCUUACACCAACUGUCAUGCCGGACUUUUGUAUUGUUUUGUAAGGAUUUAAUAAAAGUCAAAAACCCGUG